AUCCAUCGUUAAGAGUCUUGAGCACUCCCCCCCUUCACAAAGUUCAUCCUUGCAUUCUUCUUCUCCUUUCCAGAUUCCUGAUCUUUCCAUCUUCCCCAAAAAUUUAUUUAUUUUCUUCUCUACACAUACCAUCUUCAAAUUGUUAAAAAUCAGCAUACAGUGUUCUCUCCUUAUAUUCCUUUCCUAAAUUUGCUCCACAGCCUCAGCCCAAGAAAUGGACUCUGGCGGUGGCUCUGGCACAUGGACUGCCAAGCAAAACAAGGCUUUUGAAAAGGCUCUGGCUGUGUAUGACAGAGACACCUCCGAGCGCUGGCAAAAUGUUGCCAAGGCCGUCGGCGGUAAGACUGCAGAGGAAGUGAAGUGGCAUUAUGAGAAACUUGAGGAGGAUGUCAAGCGUAUUGAGGCAGGUCAACUGCCUUUAUACCAUUACAGGGGAUAACUGGUGGAGGUAACCAGUAGCCACUGGCCCAGAAGAACUAGGAGGAUGGAAAAACUAAAGCUGCAGUGGAUAAAGCGCUUGAAUCAGCAACAAUAAAGAUCCAGGGCUCUUAUUCGCAAUGCUAGCAGCAGUAAAUAAAGAAUUACAAUGGCGAUUAUCUUCGAUAAUCUGCCCUCUGCCGCUCUAGUUGGCAUCUAUUGAUCUGCGUUUCUCCUGCCAUAAAUGUAUCUGUAAAGAGGAAGCUAGGGAUGUAGAACCUGAAGAAAUUCCUAGAUUCCUCCUACGUUCCUAAUAUCUAAGAAUUCCCGUUCUUCUAAACGAGAUGUACUAUUGUUUUGUGUGUUUGAUUAAUUAGCAGUUCUCUAUUUCUCCGUCUC